AUGGCUCUGAUAAUGAAACUAUCAUCAAUUCCGGUCUCGGCAUAUAUUCUGCUGAACAACAACAAUGGCAACAACAACAGCGGCAACAACAACAACAGCAGAACAGCAGCAACAACAGCACAACAGCAGGAACAGCAGCAGCAACAACAGCAGGAACAGCAGCAUCAGCAGCAAACAACGGAAUCAUCGGCAACAACACCGCCGACGAGCAUUGCCUCUACCUCCAUCUGUGCGGGCUCAACGUCCAACAUCACCCGGAGCGUUUCGGCACCCGUGGGCUCUAGACCCGAGAUAUCCAGCACUAGCAGCAAUACUACGACCGUCGGUCAAAGAUCCAGGCUGUAUCGCAACCAAAGCCGCACUGAAGCUAUUAAAAAUUACAUCAAGCGUGAGACUGCGACGUUUUUCGGAGUUAACGAGGAGUCCGAGGCUGUGGAAAAACAAAAAUGGCUCGAUCGUCGACGACGAAUGGCACUCAGGAAAUACGGUACACUAUUACCACAGUAUAGACCACCAGAUCCAGAUAUUACUAAGGACGUUCCAGAUUCUAUGGAGAUUCCAGAUUCUGUUACAUUAAGAAAAUGGCAAAGGCCUGUGAGGAGGAAAGAUUCAGUCGCGAGGAUGACGCUAUCCGGGUUGCAAUAUAUGGUGGAUACUUUGAGGCGUCAAAGGCCACUGGAGACAUCAGCGACGCAAGGUGACUCCCGCAGCUUCCCGCCAAGCGUCAUACAGGUAGUCGAAACUCCGACGGCAGAUGCGGCAGUCGACGAUGACGAAGAGGAGGAGACCUUUUUUCAAGCGCCACUUGCCAUGGUGGUUUCCGCGGCCCCCACCACUGAUCAAGAGAACGAGACGCAACUUAUGGAGGACCUCGGAGCCACUGCCAUUGUAACCGAGGACGCCGACGGAGCAGGCGAUACAUCCGUCAUUGACGCAUCCGAGGGAAUCGGGAGAAUCUGGAGUCCUUCAACUAUUGUGGUCAUGGAUAAGCGAACAGCGGAUCGAGCGAGUGUUGAUUGUCAAACCAGAAGAUCUCGGGCCAUAUCCACGAGGGACCACUACACCCUAAGAAUACCAGUUGAAUUCGACUACUAA